AUGACGGCGGUACACGCUCUCGUUCUGGGACUUACAUUACUUACGCUUAUAUUUGUAGCUCUAAAGAAAAACAUUACUCGAGCCUCGUUCAUGUCUUCUAAAAGCCUCAAAGGUAAGACGGCUCUUGUGACCGGUGGAACUUCUGGUAUUGGUCUGGAAAUAGCCAAAGAUUUUGCAAAACGAGGUGCAAGAGUUAUUGUUGCUAGCCAUCGACGUUCCGAGGGUUUGACGGCAAUAACUCAAAUCGCUACUGUUGAUAACACAGAAGUUGUCUUUAAACAACUUGACCUGUCUUCACUUAGAUCGGUGCGCGAAUUUGCGAAGGAAAUUCUACAAUCAGAGAGUCAUUUGCAUAUUUUGGUCAACAACGCUGGUGUGUGUGUGGAAGACAACUUCAUUAGCAAGGAUGGAAUGAACUAUGUGAUGCAAGUGAAUUAUUACGGGCAUUUUUUGUUGACACUGUUGCUUCUACCGUUGCUGAAGAGGAGCGGUCGUGAUAAGGAACCGGCUAAAAUUAUAAACAUGUCUUCAAUGGCUCACAGAUUAUCCCUUAGCGACGUGAACGCCUAUAACAAUUCAAAUCAUUGGUGGUCAUCGUAUUGCAACAGUAAGUUGUGUUUGGUCCUUUUCGCACGACAACUACAUAACUAUUUUUCUGCGUAUAAUUUUCAUGUAGUGGUAAACUGCGCUGAUCCAGGAAUUGUGAAUACAGCGAUCUUUAAAAGCCGAGGGGAUUCUUUAGCCAAGAUUGUCAUCUUUCUUAUUCUCUUAUUCAGUAGGAGUCCUCAAAUGGGAGCUCAACCAGUUGUGCGAUUAGCUGUAGACGGUUUUGUCAGUGGGGAAUAUUGGGUAAGUUCUGGCAGAGUUCUAGCAAGUAGAAGAGCAAGAGACGAGAAGAACAUACAGCGUCUAUGGUUACAAUCGCUUCGUCUAGUACGUUUAAGUCACAGUGAAUUACAGGAAAUUUUUGCGUGA